UUUAUUAUGCUGCAAUAUGCAGUAAAUGUGAAUGUGGGGGGUUGCCUUUUAUUAAAUGGACUUCCCUCCAGCUUUGAGCACAAGCUGCUCCGCUAAGAUAUCAUCAACACAGUGCAAGUAUGAAAAUCGAUUAGAGGAUGGCUGUUCAAUUCCACUUGAUUUUACUCCAUCAAAUGUUUUUCAUUUUCUCUCACUAUGCAUCAUUUUGUCAGCUCUAAGCUGGCCACAGUCUUGAGUGCACAAGUUGUCAUUUAUAUACCAAAAAAAACACAAGGGAAGUUAUGAGGACUUUAAAGUAACUAGAACAGUAACAAAACACUGCAGCUUUAUAAGUUGUUGCUCUGUUUGUCAAAGUGGUGGUUUCUCCACUUUUCCACAUUUCGAUACAACCACAAAGAACUAAAUCUCACGUCUCUUGCUCUUGUAUGUAAUUUCUUCUGUGAAUUAGUCUUUGUCCACCCAUGUACAGUGCCCAUAAAAAGUAUUCAUUUCUUGUGGAAGGUCCAACUUGUGCUGAGUCCGUAGGGUGGUCUAACAUGCACAAUGAAGACAAAAGAACACUCCAAGCAACUCUUUGAAAAGGUGAUUUAAAAAUACAAGUCAGGAGGUGGAGACAAGUCACUAAAGAUCUCUUGGAUUCAAGCAUGUCUAGCUUUUACUUCCUAAGGUUGUUGUGUUUCUUCCAGACAGAGACAUAAUUUGACAACUAUUAUGGGUUUGUCUCUAACACCAAACUUUAUCCUCGUACUCUGCUAUCUUUUACCCAUCUUAAUUCCUAUUAAAUACCAGCCAGGUGACCAUCUGUAGCAUGCCUAUAAAUUCAUCUUAUACUGUAAUAGUUGCUGAUUAUUUGACAAAUCAGCCCAAAGAAAUUAUCCAAUGUUUUAAUUGCGGCUGAUUUCAUAAACUUUUUCUAAUGUUUUAAAAUCAUGGUUGCUACUCUUCUGUAUCAUUCUUGCCUUAUUACUUUUCUUUUUUCUCAUUGCUGUUCAAAGCUAUAACCCAUUAUGAAACAAUGAUCUUGAAUAAAUUUGACACAAAGCCUAAAAUGGUGGUAACAGCUUCCUUUGGCAUUGAACCUGGAAGAAGAGUUGAAUAUAUUCCUUUACUAGAAAAAGCCCUGGAUCUAACGCUGCAUAAACCAGAAAAAAUUCUCAUCUACAACCGGCCUAACAUGGAAACUGUUUCAGUAGUAUCCCGUGACAGCCUAGACUGGGAGAAGGAAAUGGCCACAGCUAGGCCUCAUGACUGUGUUCCACUAACGACAAACCACCCACUAUAUGUUCUUUAUACCUCUGGAACUACAGGGCUACCCAAGGGAGUUGUAAGGGACACUGGAGGUUAUGCUGUAAUGUUGAACUGGACAAUGUCUGAUGUGUAUGGUCUUCAGCCUGGAGAGGUUUGGUGGGCAGCAUCUGAUCUGGGUUGGGUUGUUGGACAUUCAUAUAUCUGCUAUGGUCCAUUGCUUCAUGGAAACACCACUGUUCUUUAUGAGGGCAAGCCUGUGGGUACUCCAGAUGCCGGAGCGUAUUUCCGCCUGUUGUCUGAGCAUGGAGUGGCAGCCAUGUUUGUUGCCCCAACUGCUCUCAGAGCCAUCUGCCAGCAUGACCCCCAGGCAUCUCUUGGGAUGAAGUACCCACUAACAAGAUUUCGAACUCUCUUUGUUGCUGGAGAACGCUGUGAUAUUGACACCCUAAAUUGGGCAAAGAAAAUCUUCAAGGUGCCUGUGUUAGAUCAUUGGUGGCAGACUGAGACUGGAUCUCCAGUGGCAGCUAGCUGUGUUGGACUUGGGAGCUCCCUGAGCCCUCCAGAUGGACAAACAGGAAAACCUGUUCCAGGAUACAAUGUUACUGUUCUGGACACAGAUAUGAAAGAAGCAAAACCUAGAAUUUUGGGGAACAUUGUGGUCAAGUUACCAUUACCUCCAGGUGCUUUUACAACACUUUGGAAAAAUGAUGAACUCUUCAAAGAACUUUAUUUCACCAAAUUUCCAGGAUAUUAUGAUACAAUGGAUGCUGGCUACAUGGAUGAAGAAGGGUAUCUAUAUGUGAUGUCUCGAGUGGAUGACGUGAUUAAUGUUGCUGGACACAGGAUUUCAGCUGGUGCACUCGAAGAGGCAAUUUUGCAACACUCUGCUGUUGUGGAUUGUGCCGUUGUAGGUUUAGAAGACCCUUUAAAAGGACAUGUCCCUUUAGCCUUAUGUGUUGUACAGAAUGGAGUAACUAAAGGUGAAGACAUCGUUGCACAGGAAAUCACCAAUCUUGUAAGAGAAAGCAUCGGCCCAGUGGCAGCGUUCAGAAAGAUGAUUUUUGUGAAAAGACUACCAAAAACACGGUCUGGAAAGAUUCCUCGCUCGACACUUGCUGCAGCUGUUAACAGAAAACCGUAUAAGAUUUCUCCUACCAUUGAGGAUCCAGACGUGUUUGAAGAAAUUGAAACUAUUCUUAAAAGACAUAUCUAAAUAUUAACAAAGCAAUGGAUUUUUAAAAGGGGUGUGCAGGAAGGAGCCACAGUUUAAGUUUGGAUGAUACAGCCUCUGUUUUAUAAACCCCAACUUCAGUUAUCUGAGCCUGGCCCAGUCUAUUACUUCUUCUGAGAAAUGAACAAGAUUUGAUGAUCUCUUUGGCUUAACAAAACAUGAUUAAUUUUAUUUUCUUUCUUUUCUAAUAAAACAUACAAUUAUAACUGUAAAAUUUUCGCUAUAGAAUUUCAUUUUGGUACCUGGUUGUACAGUAUAUUUGCCUUUAUGAAUGCAAUAUACCUUUGGAAGAGGCCAAUAAAUUACAUUAUUUUAUAUUUUGUUUUGCAAGAUUUUCAGAAGCUGUUCUGGUUGCUUAAAAAUGUUAACCAUUGUGGAAACCAUUCUGACUUCAUUUUUUCAGAAACUGGGCAAAUUGUAAAUAUGAGUGUAAAAAAUAUAAAAUAUUGCUCUUAUAUUAAUUUAGAUUUAAUUUAAUUUGUUAUAUUGUCAAGCUUGGAGUAAAUUCUGUCUUGAUGUUGCCCCAGUUAACACUAUUUUUUAAUUAUGCAUUUUUGUUACUAUUAACUUUUAAUUACAUUAGUUGGAAAGGACAAAGAAAGAAACAACCUGUCUUAACUGUUCAUAUGUUUUAUUUUGAAAGAAGAACAGACCCUAGUGUUACCCGUCACUUGUCGCUGUAUUUUUCAUAAAGGGUAUUUCAUGUGUUGUGUCUUUGGCAUAGCAGAUUCAUUUCUAAUAUGUUUGCAACUAUCCAUACUCUUCCCCCUUAACGUAGUGACUGCCAGUUUUAUACGCAACACCUCUUUUUAAUAAGUGUAACUAUGUCACCGCUUUACAUGAUUUCCACAUUAUUAUAUUUGUAUAAACAAUGUAUAGCUGCUGUUAUCAUAGUUGCUGUUUGUUUAUCUAUAUGUUUACUGUACAAAUUCACCUAUUUAAAUUCAGACACACUGUAUCUAGUUCAGGUUAGGGUCAAGGAGGCUGGCACCUGUCCUGACAGCACUGGGCACCAGCGAGGUCCUAGUCAGGUCCUAGUCUUAGAUAUGGAUAAGAACUACAACACACAAAAUGGACAUGGAAGCUACACAAACUGGCCCAGUUGUCUUGGUCAACCAAUUUUCCACACUAUUGCCUGGUACACACAUCAUUUGUCUAUUGAUAUCUAGAGUAUAUCCACAGUCCAUCAUACCAUAAUGGACAUUCUGAAACCCACUUAUUGAAGCUCAUGGUUGCAAAGAGCCAGAAUAUAUCAUGGGAACAGGGGAUACAAAGCAGGAAUAAUCCCUGGAUAUACAAUGCAACUAUUUUUUUAGUGCUCUUCACUGAGUGCAAGUGCAGAAUGCUGCGAACAAUUCUCAGUUAGCAAUUAGUAUAAUCUAUGGUUGCAUCCUAAGUACAGAAUUGGUACACAAAUAAACACAGAUUUGUUUAAACACACAAAGAAUAAGGUAAAAACUGAUUAAACAUAAAUUUAAACCAACAAUAACUAUCCAUUAAAUAAAUGAACAACUUGGCCAACUGACACUGGUGGAGAUUAAAACUGUAAAAGAGGAAGUCAAAAAUAAAAUCACAGUCCUGGAAACCUUGGCCAACUGGCCACCUAUCCCCUCCUGGGUUUUCCAUAGUGGAGUGUGUGCUGGCCAUCCAAUCUGAUGAGAGAAUCUUAUGUGAGAUGGCUUUUCCAGAAGAGCAGCCUAGCUAUAGAGCAGUGGCACCAAGAGUCACAUCCAGAUACUGAGAAGAAAACAGAACAGAGUAGUUAGUACCUGGCUUCAGUCAUAAAUGCACUUCCUCUUAAUCUCCACUGGUAUCCUUGAAGACAUGACUGAUGCUUAAGUUAAAAGAAUUCUGCUGGAUCUUCUUUAUCAAUGCCUUUGAUGAUUGUGAAGACCUGGAUAAGUUAUAGAGUUGUGCUCAUCUCUCAGGCAUAAAAUAUAACAACCUUGUACAUCAUUUAAAUAAGGUUUUAGUAUUCUUUAAAAAAACUAAGUAUGUCAUGCAAACUUUCCUUUUUAUGAUGAAUAUCUUGCUGCUUCUUCUUUCAGCUGCUCCCAUUAGGUGUUAUCACAGGGGAUCAUCUUUUUCCAUUUCUUUCUGUCCUCUGCAUCUUGCUCCAUUACCUCCAUCACCUGCAUGUCCUCUCAUAUCACAUUCAUAAACCUUUUUUUAGGCCUUCCUCUUUUUCUUUUGCCUGGCAGCUCUAUCCUUUUCAUCCUUCUCCCAAUAUACCCAGCAUCUCUCCUCUGCACAUGUCCAAGCCAACGCAAUCUCGCCUCUCUGACUUUGUCUCCCAACCGUCCAACCUGAGAUGACCCACUAAAUGUACUCAUUUCUAAUCCUAUCCAUCCUCAUCACACCCAGUGCACAUUCUUAACAUCUUUAACUCUGCUACCUCCAGCUCUGUCUCCUGCUUUCUGGUCAGUGCCAUCGUCUCCAACCCAUAUAACAUAGCUGGUCUCACUACUGUCCUGUAGGCCUUCCCUUUCACUCUUGCUGAUACCCAUCUGUCACAAAUCACUCCUGACACUCUUCUCCACCCAUUCCACCCUGCCCGCACUCUCUUUUUCACCUCUCUUCCACAAUCCCCAUUACUAUGUACUGUUGAUCCCAAGUAUUUAAACUCAUCCACCUUCGCCAACUCUACUCCUUGCAUCCUCACCAUUCCACUGACCUCCCUCUCAUUUACACACAUGUAUUCUGUCUUGGUCCUAUUGACCUUCAUUCCUCUCCUCUCUAGAGCAUAUCUUCACCUCUCCAGGGUCUCCUCAACCUGCUCCAUACUAUCACUACAGAUCACACUGUCAUCAGCAAACAUCAUAGUCUACGGGGACUCCUGUCUAAUCUCGUCUGUCAAUCCGUCCAUCACCAUUGUAAAUAAGAAAGGGCUCAGAGCCGAUCCCUGAUGUAAUCCCACCUCCACCUUGAAUGCAUCCGUCACUUGGAUGUGACACUAGAGGUGGAAACACCUUGUGGGUUACUAGACUGUGCUAGGUCCCAACAGAUGAUGCGCUUCACCUCUUCCUUUUCAGUUUUUUUACAACUAAGAUACUGAAAGAAUCUCAUUGGUCAUCUUUCACCUUUUCUGCAGUAUUUCUCUCCAACUGCCUUUUAGCUUUCCUAAAAAGCUAAAUUCGUUAUGUAUCAAUUAUUUUCCAUUCCAGCUUAGUUUUUAUCUCCUUAUUUAUCAGUGACGGAGUUCACUGUAAUUUCUUAGUGCUUUUGUGUUUGGAGAUGAAUGUGUUCUACAUUUCAUGAAAAAGGUCUUGAAACAUGGCUCUACUGCUCCUUGACUACUUUUUCACUUAAAAGCCUAUCCCAGAUUACCACUUUUAGACUUUAUUGCAUCUAUUCAGAAUGUGCCCUACUAAAUUAAACUCAACUAUUAAAAGUUUUUAUAUAUGCCUUCUGCCAAAACACUGAGAAAUGGAUUAUGGGCACUAGAUCCAAAUGGCACAAUUGCCUCUACCCCUGAAUUCUGUGUGGAUUGUUACAAAAUACUUCAUCAAGAGGUGAAGCACGUCUAGAUUGUGUUUAAACAUUUUAUGCUAAAAAAACAAUCUCCUGUUGUUGUGCUGCACUAUUAAUAAGGUUAGUCCUGUUAAAAUUUGGGCAAUUAAAGACCCCCAUGACUAUAAAAUAUCCCCUUUAAACUUUCCUUUUUUGAUAUUCUUGGAUGUUUUAUUAUAUUAUUAAAAUGAUGCACAUGGAAACUGCUGUUAUAACACCCUCCUAAUCCAAAAUUGGAACUUUAUCCCUGCUAAUUUCUAGUUGAAUGUAAAUGUCCUCACUAAGAAAUGAGUCUCCAUUUAAUUCUUGACCAUACAUAUAAACCCCAUUUUCAUUUUUGCCUAUCUUUUCUAAAAAAAAAUGUGUAACCAUCUAUUUUAUACUACUCUCUGUAUCUGAUAUUUAGUCAGGUUUCUAUUAUUGCUAUAAUACAGUAUUAUAAUCAUGUUCAGCAGCUUAAAAUGCCAUCUCACUUGAUUAAUGUUGGAUACUCCUAACAUUUAAUGAAGCAUUUGAAUGUAUGACUUUAACUUACCUUAUGUAUUUCUUUUUGCACUACUGCUUGCCCCUUUAUGUGAAUCUGUAAACCUGGCCUAAGCUCCUAUGCAGGACCCCCAGCAACCCCCCCCCCCCAAACACACACACCUUAUUUACUAAUUUAAGCAAUCCUUGACCAAACUACUCAUUUGCUUCCCCAAGACAUUAGUUCCCCUCUGGUUCAAAUGCAACCCAUCACAAUGGAAAAUUUACUGAAACUGACAUUUUGAAAAAAAGCAUUAGUGGAUGAAUAUAGAAAGAUUAACAAAAAUGUAUAAAACAGUACAUUUUGUAAAAAUCAUUAAAGAUAAAAUUACUAAAUUAAAGACAACAA